UUCCACAAAGCCUGCUCCUGAUCUUGGGACUGGCACUACAUUUGAAUAAUUACUGCCCCCUGCCCCUUUAAAAAGUUCCAUAAUUAUCACUCUCCCUCUGUCUCUGUCUCUGUGGGGCUGUGUCUCUGGGAAUACCUUUACCUUCAGGUCUAUCUGAAACACCAUGGCAAUAGUUAGAGGUCUGCUCUGCCUGCUCGUUAUGACUUACUUGGGCCAUGGAAGGAAAAUUCGUGGAAACAGAGCAGAAAACAAGAGAAAACGCUAUCUCUGUGGCAGGAUGAAGAUGCCCUACGAGCCCAAAUCCAUGUUCCGUUUUUACACGGAGAGGGAAUACAUUGAGGACAUGUGUGUGGUGGAACUGUUUCAGCCCCACACGUUGGAGUCCUGUGGCUUCAACACCUCCAACCCUCUCAUUCUCAUCACUCACGGUUGGUCGGUGGAUGGUCUGAUGGAGAGUUGGGUUACCAGGCUGGCUAAAGCUGUCAAGUCAGCACAGAAGGACAUCAAUGUACUCAUCACCGAUUGGCUGCCUCUUGCCCACCAACACUACCCAAUCGCAGCUCAGAACACCCGCACAGUGGGGCAAGAUAUCGCCCACCUUCUGCGCUGGCUAGAGGAUUUUGUUCAGUUUCCUGUAGAUAAAGUUCAUUUGAUUGGAUACAGUCUUGGUGCCCACAUUUCCGGAUUUGCUGGAAGCUACCUGGGAGGGUCUGGGAAGGUUCUAGGGAGAAUCACAGGGUUGGACCCUGCUGGGCCUCUCUUUGAGGGGAUGUCACCCACAGACAGACUAUCCCCUGACGACGCCAAAUUUGUAGAUGCUAUCCACACCUUCACCCAGGAGCGUAUGGGCCUGAGUGUGGGCAUCAAACAGCCCGUGGCCCAUUUCGAUUUCUACCCUAACGGAGGCGCGUUCCAGCCCGGGUGCGACUUCCAGGUUCAGAACCUCUACGCCCACUUGGCCCAGUAUGGACUCAUGGGUUUCGAGCAGACUGUGAAAUGUGCCCAUGAGCGAUCAGUACACCUCUUCAUCGACUCUCUGCUGAACAAAGACAAGCAGAUCACGGCCUACAGAUGCAGCGAUGGUUCAGCCUUUGAGAAGGGCGUGUGCCUGGACUGUCGAAAGAACCGUUGUAACACGCUGGGCUAUGACAUCAAGAAAGUCCGCACGGGCGCCAGCAAAAGACUCUACCUCAAAACCCGAUCCCAAAUGCCAUACAAACUCUAUCACUAUCAAUUUAGGAUCCAAUUCAUCAACCAGAUGGAGAGGAUUGAGCCCUCUCUCACGAUCUCUCUCACCGGGACGCUGGGCGAGAGUGAAAAUCUGCCCAUCUCAUUGAUCGAAGAAAUUUCAGGAAACAAGACGUACACUUUCCUCAUCACCCUGGACUCAGACCUGGGUGAUCUGAUGAUGCUCAAGUUCCGAUGGGACGCGAACCCCGUUUGGACCAAUGUGUGGAGCAAGAUGCGUACCAUAAUCCCAUGGAUCAAAAAGAACAAGGGGCCUCAGCUCACACUGGGAAAGAUUCGCGUCAAAGCAGGGGAAACCCAGAAGAAGACCACAUUUUGCCCACAGACAGAAGAUGCAGUGCAUAUCAUGCCGACACAAGAAAAAGUGUUUGUUCGCUGUGAAGAGGAGCGUCAAAAAUCACAACGGCGUAAAAUGCUAAACUGACUUUAAAUUUUUCGUAUUCUUUGAGGUGAUAUGUCACGCCGGGUGUUGACAUCAAUGGGGACUUUCUGAGCAUCAGCGCCGCGGAAAUAUACAUUGGAAGACCAACCAAAUACUUUGAAUAGGCUACCACCCUGUCCUGUAUGCUUGAUUUUCUGGGGUAUCCGUUACAUUUUGACAGUUCUGUAUUGCUUGAAAUUACAUUAUGAAGCGAUCAUUUUACAGGGCCGUAUAACAGGUAGAAUUCUGUUAUGCUACAAAGCAAAACAACUGUAAGGUGUUUGAUUAGAUUCUUACAACGAUUUUCUCUAAACUUAACAGAAAUAGAAUUUAGACUAUCCUCUCUUGUCAGCAUGCUGAGGAAUCCAAAUUUGUGACGGAUUAAGACAAUCACUUUAGAGUCCUCACACUGCGGUGAGUUAAUCCACUCAACAGGACUGCAAUGCCUCAAGAGCUAUUCCCCCCCCAGUUUAUCUCGUGAAAACAAAUACUGCCUGCCCCGAUGUAAAGGGUUCAAUCUUAGA